ACCACACACAAACUCACUCACGCACACUCAGCACACUCAGCACAGAUCCCGUCACUGCUGAAGAUGUGGCUGCGAGAGGAGCUGUUGAAGUCCAUAUGGCACGCGUUCACUGCCCUGGACGUGGACAGUCGAGGGAAAGUUUCCAAGUCUCAGUUAAAGGUAUUGUCUCACAACCUGUGCACAGUGAUGAAGAUCCCUCACGACCCUGUGUCCCUCGAAGAACAUUUUAAAGACGAUGACAAAGGGCUUCUGUCCAACCAAGGCUACAUGCCGUACCUCAACAGGUUCAUACUGGACAAGGUGCGGGAGGAUUUUGACAUAGAGGAGUUCAACAAGAUGUGCUGGACCCUGUGUUUCAAGAACAGUAUCUGCACCAAACAUCUGCUCAUCACACAGGACGAUGCUUUCAAAGUCUGGUGCAUUUUCAACUUUCUGUCAGAAGACAAGUACCCACUGGUCAUCAUCAUUGAAGAGAUUGAGUACUUUCUGCGUAAGCUGCUGGAGGCCAUAGGGAGCGAAUGGAGUGAGGAGAAGUUUGCAGAUUACAAGCUGCAGCUGAGCCCAGAGAACUGCCUGACUGCCUGGGAGCUGAUCGAACUGGUGGGGUUGGGAUACUUCAGCAAGGGCAUGAACCAGCAGACCCUGUCCCUGGGCAUCAAUGAGGUCUUCCAGGAACUCAUACUGGAUGUGCUCAAACAGGGAUACAUGAUGAAAAAGGGCCACAAGAGGAAGAACUGGACUGAGCGCUGGUUUGUCCUUCGACCAAACGCGCUGUCGUACUACGUCUGUGAGGAUCUUCUGGAGAAGAAAGGAAAUAUCCUUUUGGACAUAAACUGCUAUGUGGAGUCUCUGUCUGAUAAAGAUGGGAAGAAAUGCCUUUUCCUCAUCAAGUGCACUGACAUAACCUUCGAAAUCAACGCUUCAGAUAAAAAGAAGAAGCAGGAAUGGAUUCAAGCCAUUCAAACGUGCAUCCAGCUGCUGAGGCUGGGGCUGUCGUCUCCUCACCGCGAGGCGCGGCUGAGGCGCAGGGAGCUGCGGCAGAAGCAGCAGGCAGAGGAGGAGGACCUGAUGGAGAAGAUGAAGCGGCUCCAGGUGGCCAAUGAGCACAAACAGAGAGAGCUGGAGGCCAUGAGGAAGAAAAUGGAAGAGACUGCAGCUAAAGCAGCGUUAGAGGAGAACAGGAGGAAGAAGACUCAGUUAGACCUACAGGACCAAUACAGGCUGGACCUGGAGAGAGAGAAAAUGGUGCAUCAGCAGAUGGAGAGGGAGGUGGCGCAGAAGUCCAGUGAACUGGAGCAGUACCUGCAGCGCGUCCGGGAGCUGGAGGACAUGUACCACCGGCUGGAGGAGGCCUUAGAGGACGAGAGGCAGGCCAAGCAGGACGAGGAGGCCAUGCGAAAACUGCAGGCCAGACUGCUGGAGGAGGAGGCAGCCAAGAGGGUAGAGCUGGAGCAGAUCCACCUGCAGCAGCAGAGGGCGCUGUCUCAGACCGAGGCUGAGAAGCAGGAGCUGGUGGCCGACCAGCGGGCCAAGGAGAGAGCGCUGCAGACAGCCAUGUUGCAGCUGGAGAGUCUGGAGAGGGAGCGGCAGGGAGCACUGGAGCAGUAUGAGGAGGUGUCGAGGAAGCUUAAGGGAGCAUCCAACAAGUCAAAGUCUUGGAAAGACAAGGUGGCCAAACAUGAGGGGCUGAUGCGUCUCAUCCAGCCAGGGGAUAAACCACCUCAGAGAAUCACCAACUGGGGUCCAGCAUCGUUCACUGACACAGAGCUGGAGAUGAGGAAGAAGUCGUGGCAGGAGAGGAAGAACCAGAGGCCUCAGGCUCAGUGAACACUCACCACGCUCAGUGACUGGAAGUAACAGUGGAGCCCAAACUGUCCCAUUUCAGAGCUGUUAUAACGUGAACCUACUGAGCCACGUGAUAACUGCAAAACACAUAUUUCACUCAUUCUUUCUGGGUUACUUUUAAAUGUACAGUUUGGAUUAACUCUGUUUCAUCAUUUGGACUUUUUAUAAAUUAUGUUCACUCUAAAAAAAGGCAUGACCAUAGACGUAAUAGUGUGACAAAAUAAUCUUUAAUCAAGUUCCACAUUCUCUGGGGAUGAAGGGUCAUGUGAUGACAUCUCAACCGUCUGUCACAAUACAGCAAAUUCAUCCACAGAUAGAGAAGUGAGUUAAGAUUAUUUAGUCAUAAAUGCUUUAACACUGCUCAGUUUAUAUUCUUCGGUCAAUAGUCCAUUUCUUCAUUCUGUGACCACAAAUACAAAGUCUUCAUUUCACAACAUUCUAACAAAUACAAAUUGAUGGUUAAAAAGGUGUAAUAUUUAUUAUUUAAUACAUCAAUUUAAUUCUGUAUUCUUUCAAAUGAACUGUCCAGACUACUUCAAAACACAGUGUAUUCAAAUCACUGUCAUCACUUUACAGUACAAAUAAACCUGACUAAUCUUAAAGUUUGUCUGCACGUGAACACAUCCAUCCAAGAGCAACAUUUCCAAUAGCUUUUAGUGUAAAGAAAUACAUGUUGUAGAUUCUGCAGAACCCUAUUGGAGUUAAGUGGAGCAGCUCCUCUCCAUCUCAAAUCUCCUCCUCUCUUUGACAAACGUACUGUCCUUUGAUUCCUCACGCUGUUCUCUUAGACACCGCUAUGAUGAGGGGAAGAACACCGGGCUGAUAACGUGUGAUGUGCUGGAUAAGAGCUGUGUGAUGUGUUUUAAAAUAGAUGCGUUUGUGUUUUGACAUGUUUGUUGUAAAGUAGUGAAACUAUGGAGCAUCAUUUUACUAAGAUCCAGCAGAGUAUAAUAUCCAGUAGAUACGUAUUCCUCUGUAUUUUUUUUAUUUUUUUUAAGGUAAAGAUGAGUGAGUAGUAUUUGUUGAAGCCUUAACUAAGAUGACAAAAAAAAUAAAACACCAUUUAUUUUUUAUGACA